UCGCGUUGUGCUUAUCAUGUCAUGAUUAAAAUCAGUCAACUUGCUGGUAAUUCAAAGAAAAGACAAAUUCUUUUUAAAAAGGUUGAAACAGAAUUAAACCAUGAAUCUAUUAAAAAUGUUUUUGUUAUGAUUAAACUAUACAUAAAGGAAUCGAGAGAAUAGUGUAUCUUUUUGUAAAAUGGAAAUGUCAAAAGAAAUACAUAUAACACUUGUGGUCCUCGUGACUUUGACCUUCAGCAUAACAGUGUCGAAGCAAAAGGGGCUAAGUACCAACGGUCAGGACACAGUCUCCGUGUCCCUGCCCGGCGAUAUCGUUCUUGGCGGCCUCUUUCCAGUUCAUGAAAAGGGCGAAGGAGCCCCUUGUGGGCCAAAAGUAUACAAUCGUGGAGUUCAACGUUUAGAAGCGAUGCUUUAUGCAAUUGAUCGAGUUAACAAUGACUCUAAUAUACUACCUGGAAUCACGAUAGGCGUCCAUAUAUUAGAUACUUGCUCGAGAGAUACAUAUGCCCUCAAUCAGUCCCUUCAAUUUGUACGGGCUUCUCUUAACAACUUGGACACUUCUGUGUUUGAGUGUUUGGACAGAUCAACUCCACAACUGAGAAAGAAUGCAUCGUCGGGUCCAGUUUUUGGAGUUAUUGGUGGAUCGUAUAGUUCGGUAUCAUUGCAGGUGGCCAACUUGUUGCGUUUAUUUCAUAUUCCGCAAAUAUCACCGGCCUCUACUGCUAAAACCUUGUCCGAUAAGUCACGUUUUGAUCUGUUUGCCAGAACAGUGCCUCCAGAUACAUUUCAAUCGGUAGCUUUAGUAGAUAUAAUCAAAAAUUUCAACUGGUCGUAUGUUUCUACAAUACAUUCAGAGGGAUCUUAUGGUGAAUAUGGCAUCGAAGCUUUUCACAAAGAAGCCAAUGAACGUCACGUUUGCAUUGCGGUCGCUGAGAAAGUGCCAAGUGCAGCGGACGAUAGGGUUUUCGAUUCGAUUCUUAGUAAACUUCAAAAGAAGCCCAAUGCUCGCGGCGUUGUGCUAUUUACCAGAGCAGAAGAUGCUCGACGUAUUUUACUUGCGGCAAAACGUGCUAAUUUAUCACAGCCCUUUCACUGGAUCGCUAGCGACGGUUGGGGAAAGCAACAAAAAUUAUUGGAGGGAUUGGAGGAUAUUGCUGAGGGCGCUAUCACCGUAGAGCUGCAAUCGGAAAUCAUUGAAGAUUUUGAUCAUUAUAUGAUGCAACUGACGCCGGGGACAAAUCAGCGAAAUCCGUGGUUUGCUGAGUAUUGGGAGGAUACUUUUAAUUGUGUCUUGGAACCUGAGUCAGUAUCGAAUCUUAACAAAUCUACUGGCAGCAAGUCAACACCCAAAUCUAAAACCAUAUGCGAUGAUAAUUUACGGUUAUCGGAAAAAGUUGGAUACGAACAAGAAUCAAAAACUCAAUUCGUUGUGGAUGCUGUAUAUGCAUUUGCCUAUGCACUAGACAAUUUGCAUAAUGAUCGGUGCAAUAUCCAAAGUGAUCAGACGACGGAACAACGAAGGCAUCAACCACAUAGCGAGUCGGUGUGGUACCGACCAAUAUCAACAAAUACCAAGUCCCAAGCCUGUCCUGAGAUGACCAAUUACGAUGGCAAGGACUUUUAUAAUAAUUAUUUACUGAACGUGUCAUUUAUAGAUCUUGCUGGCAGCGAGGUUAAAUUUGAUCGACAAGGCGACGGAUUGGCUAGGUAUGAUAUUUUAAAUUACCAACGGUUGGAAAACUCAUCAGGAUAUCAAUACAAGGUUAUUGGAAAAUGGUUUAAUGGAUUGCAGCUUAAUUCUGAGACAGUUGUAUGGAAUAAGGAGGCGGAACAACCAAUGUCUGCUUGUUCCCUGCCAUGUGAGGUUGGGAUGAUAAAGAAGCAACAGGGCGACACAUGCUGCUGGAUUUGUGAUAGUUGCGAGUCAUAUGAAUAUGUCUUUGAUGAAUUUACAUGCAAGGACUGCGGCCCCGGACUAUGGCCCUAUGCUGACAAGCUCUCUUGCUUUUCUCUCAAUAUUCAAUAUAUGCGAUGGAAUUCGCUUUUUGCGAUUAUUCCCAUGGCUAUAGCCAUCUUUGGGAUUGCCGUGACAUUAAUAGUUAUAGUUUUAUUUGCAAAAAACCACGAUACUCCUCUGGUCAGAGCAUCGGGCAGAGAGCUAAGCUAUACUCUUCUAUUUGGCAUACUCGUCUGUUACUGCAACACAUUUGCGCUAAUAGCAAAGCCCACAAUUGGUUCGUGUGUACUUCAAAGAUUUGGCAUUGGGGUUGGGUUCUCUAUAAUCUAUAGUGCCCUACUCACGAAAACCAAUAGAAUUUCAAGAAUAUUUCACUCUGCUUCCAAGUCAGCCCAACGCCUUAAAUAUAUAAGUCCGCAGUCGCAGGUUAUAAUAACAGCAUCACUGAUCGCCAUACAAAUAUUAAUCACGAUGAUUUGGAUGGUUGUAGAGCCACCUGGAACGCGUUUCUACUAUCCCGACCGCACAGAGGUGAUACUAAAAUGCAAAAUACAGGAUAUGUCUUUCCUAUUCUCUCAGCUCUACAAUAUGAUUCUAAUCACUAUUUGCACGGUAUAUGCAAUUAAAACAAGAAAAAUACCUGAGAAUUUUAAUGAAUCCAAAUUUAUUGGAUUUACCAUGUACACAACAUGUAUAAUAUGGCUAGCUUUCGUGCCGAUAUACUUUGGCACUGGAAAUUCCUAUGAGAUUCAAAUUACCACAUUGUGCAUUUCAAUAAGUCUCAGCGCUUCGGUGGCCCUAGUUUGCCUAUAUUCACCAAAAGUCUACAUUCUUGUAUUUCAUCCAGACAAGAAUGUACGCAAGUUGACAAUGAAUAGCACAGUUUACAGGCGAUCGGCAACAGCUGGUACUGGAGCCGGCGGAGGAGCUCAAGGCGCACCGAAUAGUUCAGGAUUUAGUCGGACUCAGAUGGGUGGAAGCAGCACCACCUUGCCUGUUCAAGGAAGUGCGGUAUGUGGUGCUAUGACCUCUUCAAGCGUGCAGCCUAUACAACAAAAUAGCCCAAAAAUUAAUGAAAAAGUCUCAAGUCCUAUCGCCGAAUUCAGCAAUGGCGAAUAUCUGGUUGAAGAUGAAUUUGAAUGUGGAGGGUCAGUCUGCAGUGGUCGAUCAAAAAAUUAAGACACAAAAGAUAUAUAUUAAAAAAAAAAACAAUUCUUUUGUAAAACAAUUAGGGGAGAGUGGGGAUAGGUGAACCAUGGGGAUAGAUGAACCACUGCAAAUAUUUCACCUUCUGUCAAGAUUUUGCCAUCUAUAUGUGUGUUGCUUACUUAGUCGAUAUCCUAACCUCACACCCACGCACAGUCGCGUCAAACGAUUGUUGUCGUUUUUAUCGCUAGUCGAAGUUGGAAUUCGCCGUUUGCAGCUUCAUUUGUGACCUAACGUUUUCUUGGAAAAAUUUUAUCGUGCUUCGCCAGUGGCAUUAAACUUCAUAAAAUUGUAUUUUAUCGUAAGUAGACGCAAAUUAUGAUAUUUCCACGGAUAGCUCACGCAGUUUAAAUAAUUCAUGUUUUCUUCAAAUCACUUCUAAUUGGCUAAUGACUUGUGGGGAUACAUAAACCACCUUUCCAAAUUUGAUUUACUAAAUUUUCCAUCGCAGGCUGCCAAAAUGGUGAGAAACUACAAACAAAAUAUCAAAUCAGGUUUUGAAAAGAGUGGAAUUUUUCCCUUCAACCCACAAAAGUUUUCUGCAUCUGACUUUCUUGCGACACAGAAAACACUCACAAUCAAAAUUCUCAACAAAUGGCAAUCGUACAAGAUGAAAAUGUACUCCUGAACACUCCUGCGAGGAACAAUAACUCAGUCGAGUCCGCAAUGUCUCCCAAUAUUGACGUGGAUGAUGUUCCUUUGGCGAUCAGAAUGCGUUGGUUCUUGCCAGGAAAAUCGCCAGAGGACUUACGAGGGUACCCAAAGGCUAAACCACGAAAAUAGACGACUCGGGGAAAAAAACGAGGAAGGAGUAUCAUUGCUACAGACUCACCGCAGAAAAAUUGAUCGCGGAAAAACACAAUCAGAUAACUCAAGAAACCCUUCGAAAAAAGAAAGAAUAAAAACAAAAAUAAGAAUAAAUAGCAAUAUUGUAACGUUUUAUUUUAUGCUGUAAAGGUGCAAUGUUUAUAUUCGAACAGAAAGAAGGCAUGCACAAAGAAAAAAAUUACACUUUUUUAUACAAUUGCAGUUUUUGUGUUAUCCUGAUAGGUGGUUCAACUAUCCCCAUAGGGUGGGGAUACCUGAACCAUUCGAGACAAAAAUAUGGAAAGCAAAUAAACUUUACAAAACAAAAUAUAGUAUUUUUGCAUAAUACUCAAUAUUCCAAGGAAUGUGGGCUCUUUUAGAUUUCUAUAUAGGCAGACCCUUACGUCAAAUAGUUCAGUCAUAAUAAUGUUUAUAAAGAAAAGUGGUUCACCUAUCCCCACUCUCCCCUAUGCUCAGCAUAUCAUGUAUCUUUUUAAAAUUAGCGUGAAAUUUAAGGUUUCUGCGUUAAAAAAGUUUCAUCUUUAGAAAAUGUUGCUGUUUGUUUCAUAAUUAAAUUUAAACUUUUAAAUAGAUUUAUUAUUGAGUUUUAGGUAAAGCAAUGAAUUGGUUUAAAAAGUUCCAUUAAAUUAAAUUAUUAAAUUAUUUUAAACAUCGGAGUUAUUCACAUUUGGUUUUCAAGACAAAAAGAGAAAAAGAACAAUGUACAUAUGUUACUUUAAAAACAUAAAAACGUAACACUUUGUUAUUAAAAAGCUAAUAUUUCGUUAUACUAUAUAAAUACACAUGGAAUAAUAAUAGAACUCUUCAAAACUAUUUGUAAGCUUUUUUAACAUCAACGAUCUAUUAAGUAAUUAAGUAAUCUUUAUUUUGUACAUAAGCGAGUGUGCAAUACACAUUUUUUAAAAGUAAUAGGCCCACCUUUAUACGAAUUGAAGAAUAAGCAUAAAGAAAUCAUUCGGUAAAUAGCACAGGUACACAGCCAAAA